UAAAAAGUAUUUUGUCAUAUAAUAUAUCAUCAUAGUGAGUAAGACAAAACAUAAUUCUUUUUUUUUUCUUUAUUAACGCAACAAAUUGUUACACAAUAUUAAACCCGUAAUCGAAUUGUGUACGCCUCUAUGAAUUGUCACCACAAGCCCACAACAUAUCCACAGAGAAAACCACAAAAUGCAGAGAACCAAAGUAACGAAGCACAAAUUCCCAACACUCCUUUUCCUUGUCAUCUUCACCACCACCUUCGAUAUUUCCCAUGCAAAAUCCAUUUCUCAACAUCUCCUCUUCCACCAAACCCUAAAUUCAACUCAUCCAUGGCUGAAACUCCCCCAAUUUCCGCAAGUCCACAUCCAAUCCCUCCUCGCCGGAAUCCUCUCCUUCCUCGCGGCCGCAGUCUCCAGCGCCGGCGGAAUCGGCGGCGGCGGCCUAUUCAUCCCCAUCCUCACCAUCGCCGCCGGAUUAGACCUGAAGACGGCGUCGAGCUACUCGGCGUUCAUGGUCACCGGUGGCUCGAUCGCCAACGUGGGCUGCCAUAUGGUGUCCCGGCGGCGCACCGCCGGGAUCGACUACGACAUAGCGCUGCUGUCGGAGCCGUGCAUGCUGCUGGGGGUGAGCUGCGGGGUCAUCUUGAAUGUGAUGCUGCCGGAGUGGCUCAUCACCAUUUCUUUCGCCAUAUUUCUCGCCUUCUGCACCUUCAAAACCUGCAAAUCGGGGGUCUUUUUCUGGAAUUUGGAGUCGGAGAUAGGGCGGAAUCGGGAUCGGGAGAUCGAGGGUGGCGAAUGUAAAGUUCCACUGUUGAGAGAUGAAAAGGGGAAAUCGGAGAUUCCAUGGGUGAAGGUGGGGAUGCUGCUUCUCAUCUGGUUUUCCUUCUUUGUCUUGUAUCUGCUUCGAGGAAACAGCCACGGACAAGGAAUCAUCAACAUUGAGUCAUGUGGAAAGGGAUAUUGGAUAAUCUCAUCACUUCAAAUCCCACUUGCACUCAUCUUCACCACAUGGAUCCUGCAUUGCAGAAAGACUGUCAAAACCACUGCAGCGAUAUUAGAAGAGGAAAAUGGAGUCGAAAUGAGAUUUUUGGCGUCUGGAAAGCUCUUCUUUCCUGUGAUGGCACUAUUCGCUGGGGUUCUUGGAGGAGUGUUCGGCAUUGGAGGCGGUAUGCUUAUAAGUCCACUUCUUCUCCAAAUAGGAACAGAACCUCAAGCGACAGCAGCGACAUGUUCCUUCAUGGUGUUCUUCUCCUCAAUCAUGUCAGCAAUGCAGUACCUCUUGUUAGGCAUGGAGCACGUGGAUGGCGCGGUGGCCUACGCAGCAGUUUGCUUUGUCGCCUCCCUCGUUGGCCUGACCUUAGCACGACGGGCAGUUUUGAAGCACGGGAGGGCGUCUCUGAUAGUGUUCGCGGUAGGUAUGGUGAUGGCUUUGAGUACUAUUCUCAUCACCGGUUUUGGAGCUGUUGAUGUGUGGAGUGAUUACACAAGUGGGAAGAGCAUGGGGUUCAAGAAACCUUGCUAAUGUGUUUGAGAAUCCAAGUUAUGAGAGAUUCUGAGUUGAAUCAUGUUGCUAUGGCAAAAAAACAGACAAGUUCUCCUAGUGACUAUAGCUUGAAGAAUUUUGGGACUUUCUAUCUUUUGUUUGUGGUCACUGCUCAAUGCACAAUCCUCUAAUAUUGUUAAUCCGAAUACAGUUUAGAAAAA